UUAUGGAACUAAUUGCACUCUUUCUCUUAGUUCUCUCCAUUGCCUUCACUCUUUACUCUCUCUCUUAUGUGUCAAAAACCAAACCCACAAAGCAAAAACCCGAGCUCCCUCCAGGGAGCACAGGCUGGCCAAUCAUUGGUGAAACUCUUGAGUAUAUUAGACUGGCCAAAAAGAAUUGCAUUGAAAAAUUCAUUUUCGACAGGCAAAAAAAAUACUCCGCCAAACUUUUCAAGACUUCGUAUGCAGGAGAAAAAAUGGUUUUCUUCUGCAGCCCUGAGGCAAACAGAUUCAUGUUCGCGAACGAGAACAAGCUUAUAAAGGCAUGGUGGCCAAGAAACAUCAGCAAAAUCUUCAAGGGUUCAGGUAAAUUAAGUGAAAGCAAGCAGAAGGAGCUCGCCAGCAUGCGCAAAAAUGUGUCAGCCUUAUUCAACCAGCUCAAUGCAAUGGAGAAAAAUGUCGUAAUAAUUGAUUCCCUUGCAAGAAACCAUUUAGAGACGCAUUGGAUCGAUUGCGAAGAAGUCGCUGCGCAUUCUCUAGCGAAGAAAUACACUCUGUCAAUAUCAUUUCGAUUGAUGUUAAACAAUGUGGAUUCGGAGACGGUUGGAGAGCUCGAGAAAUUGUUUAAUUGCAUAAUGAGUGGAAUGUUUGCAUUGCCUAUAAACAUUCCGGGGACAAAAUUUAACCGAGCAAUCAAAGCGUCGAAAGGAAUUCGGGAGAAGAUAGAGGGGAUAGUAAGGCGAAGGAAGAUUGAAAUCCUGGAGAAUAAUAUUAAUGAGUCUUUAGAUGAAUCUAAAGAUUUAUUGUCUUUGUUGAUUAUGGAGAAGAUCAAGGAUAAUGAAGAGGUGAUUGAAUCAGAAAUCGCAGACAUGAUUUUAGUGUACAUUGUUGCUGCUUAUGAUAGCACAAGCACCACCAUAACUUCCAUUAUCAAGUACCUGGCUGAGCUGCCUCAAGUUUAUGAAGAAGUCCACAGAGAGCAAAUGGAAAUAGCAAAUUCUAGGGGACAUGAAGAACCUUUGAAUUUGGAUGAUAUCAAAAAGAUGAUCUACUCAUGGAAUGUUGUCAGUGAAGUGUUAAGGCUGCAACCAACAAUUGCUGGACCUUUCAGAGAGGCCAUUACGGACUUCAGCUUUGAUGGAUUUCUAAUUCCCAAAGGAUGGAAGUUACAUCGGGCAGUGCACGGCACACAUAAAAAUGCAAAGUAUUUUCCAGAGCCGGAUAAAUUUGAUCCAUCAAGAUUUCAUGGAAACAAGAUAGUUCCUUAUUCGUAUGUUCCAUUCGGAGGAGGCGCUCAUAUUUGUCCUGGAAGAGAAUAUGCUCGUUUGCAAAUACUUGUGUUCAUUCAUUAUUUGGUCAAAACAUUUCGGUGGGAGAAGGUGAUCCCCGAUGAAGAACUGAUAAGGGAUCCAAUUUUAAUGCCGGCCAAAAGACUACCAAUUCAUCUUUAUCCCCAUCAAACCUGAGUUAUUAUAAGUUUACUUUGGCUAGAAGACUUAUUCCCAAGGUUUAAUGA